AUGGUCUAUUACGUCGAUAAGGUUUUCAUAUUAAUGAUUCUUUUUGGAAUCAUUGGUACUGUGGCGAUUAUCCAACCUAAUGAAAUUGCAAAUGAUCAUGUCGAUAUAAUAAACUUGCAAAAACGAGAUUCUAUGACAUUGGUAACGAGAUACGUUACUACAAUACCAUAUACCACGACUGUUAAAUUCACAACAUGUAUACCACCGACAACAUCACCAUCUGCUAAAAAAACACCACCGCCUGCUGAAACAUCUCCAUCUGCUAAAAAAACACCACCGCCUGCUGAAACAUCACCAUCUGCUAAAAAAACAUCACCUGCUGAAACAACACCACCUGCUAAAAAAACAUCACCACCUGCUGAAACAUCACAACCUGCUAAAAAAACACUACCGCCUGUUGAAACACCUCCACCUGCUAAAAAUACACCUCCACCUGCUAAAAAUACACCUCCACCUGCUAAAAACACACCACCACCUGUUAAAAAUCCAUCUCGUCGUCAGAUGAAUGCCCCAGUUAAUUUGAAUAACGCUACAUGCAAUGUGUACGAUCGUUCGUAUACUACAUAUAACAUAAUUACUACGACAGAAACUUUAGUAAUCCCAAUAACAAGAUCGUCAUCACAAACGCCAGUAGUACCAGCACAGGCACCAGAUUUAUCAACAACAGAAUUACAAACACCAACUUUAUCAACAACAGAACCUUUACAAACACCACCUUUACCAACAUCACCUUUACCAACUACAUAUUUGACAACAUCAUCUUUGACAACAUCAUCUUUACAAAUAUCAUCUUUACCAACAUCAACUUCGCCAGCAUCAAGUUUUGCGUCAAAUUUAUCACCAACGUUAGUAUCAUCACCAAGCGAAACAAGGUAA